UUCAAAAAUAGAACAUCAAUAAAUUCCUUUUGUCUUGAAAGAAUUCGUGAAGAAUGAAGACAAAGGUUAAAGAUAAAAAGGAAAUAUUUCAAACAAUCUUUAAUGGUGAUGGCAGCAAAUUCAUUUGUGGAAAGAAAAACUUUGGAACACUAAUUGCUUCAAACAAAAUUCUUGAUGGACAAUUCAAAGAUGGGAAAUUACACGGUUGGGGCUGUGAACGAACAUUGGAUCCAGAAACCAAUUUGGUUCUUAAUGAUUUUAUCGGAUGUUUCAGAAAAGGAAAGAAAGACGGCGAGGGUCAACGUUUUUAUGAUAAUGGGACUUAUGAAGGAACGUGGAAGAAUAACAAGAAGGCAGGCCUCGGCAUUAUGUACUAUAACGACGGUAGAGUUUAUUUCGGUGAAUGGAAAGAUGAUGUUUAUGAUGGGACUGGUGUCUUAGUGCAAGAAAAUGGAAACCGUUACGAAGGAACCUUUUCAAAGGGAUUAAAGCAUGGUAUAGGCUUGUUCAUUCAUCGAGACACUGGGCGAAUUCAAAGGGGAAUUUGGGUUAAUGACAUGUGUAAAUGUUCAAUGAUGCAGGAUGACGAGAUACGCCCACCAAACUAUCAACUGAAAAAGAAUUUCAUCCCCGAGCUGAAGCUUCAGAAUCCCUCCUCAGUUGUAGCUAAAAACUUUCGAGAAGUUUUAAACUUAACACACAGAAAGUGAUUCAUAAAAAACAGAAAAUUUUAUCUUGACCAAGUCAUAGUUGGUUGAUGUUGAGCUUUUGUGGGUUUUCAAUUUUCAAUCUCAUUGGUUUUGUUUUUUGGGUUCUAAAUCUGCAAAUAAACUCCCACAAAAAUUA